UGUGAAACCGGCGCGCGUCACUCAGUGCUUGCUGCUUGCUCGAAGCGCGCGGGCUACGUCGCGUCGCGCAAGAUGGCGCCCGUCCCCUCACUAUUUAUCACAUUAAUAUUAUCUAUAGUACUGUCUGUAAACGCUCAGGAUUACUACCACACGCCCCGGAUUGGCUCCAAGCAGCUAGCUUCGUGUUACAAUAGUGAAGGACUGCCUCAAAGAUGUAUCCCGGAGUUCGAGAACGCCGCGUUUAUGGUGCAGAUGGAGGCGACCAACACGUGCGGCGACCACGGCUCCAAAGUCUACUGCAUCCAAACCUCGGCCGGCACGUCAACUAGAUCGUGCGACAGCUGCCAGCCGGGCCAGUUCUCCAGCUACUAUCUGACUGACCUGCAUUACGAGCAGGACAACCAGACGUGGUGGCAGUCCGAGACCAUGAAGGAAGGCAUUCAAUAUCCUAACCAGGUCAACUUGACGCUACAUUUAGGCAAGGCUUACGACAUAACUUACGUGAGGAUCGUGUUCUACUCGCCCAGACCGCAGAGCUUUGCCAUCUACAAGAAGACAGAUGAGCACAGGGACUGGGAGCCAUUCCAGUACUUCAGUGCUUCCUGCCGUGACACUUAUGGUGUUCAAGAACAGAGAGCUGCAGAGUUGGGUGCCGAGACUCGAGCUCUCUGUACCAGUGAAUAUUCAGACAUAUCUCCACUGACCAGUGGAAACGUGCUGUUCUCAACCUUGGAAGGAAGACCUUCGGCUUUCACCUUCGACAGCAGUCCUGAAUUACAGGAAUGGGUAACGGCCACCGAUCUACGUAUCUCCUUGGACCGCCUGAACACAUUCGGAGACGAGAUCUUCGGGGACGUGCAGGUGCUACAGUCUUACUGGUAUGCUAUCGCCGACGUGGCCGUGGGAGCGAGGUGCAAGUGCAACGGACACGCGUCCGUGUGCGAGACACAGGAACUGUCUGAUGGGACCCGGACUAGAGCUUGCAGAUGUGAACACAAUACUGCUGGUCGCGAGUGCGAGAAAUGUCUGGACUUCUACAACGACGCGCCGUGGGGCAGGGCGUCGCCCACCAACGUGCACGAGUGCAAAGCGUGCAACUGCAACGGGUUCUCGAACAAGUGCGAGUUCGACAAGGAUCUGUACGAGCGCACGGGCCACGGCGGCCGCUGCCUCGACUGCGCUGAGAACAGGGACGGGGCCAACUGCGAGCGCUGCAAGGAGAACUUCUUCCAGGGCUCCGGCGAUAUCUGCCUGCCAUGCAACUGUAACCCUACUGGAUCUCGCAGCCUGCAAUGUAACGCUGAAGGCAAGUGCCAGUGCAAGCCUGGCGUGACGGGUGACAAGUGCGACAUCUGUGCCCCGAACCACUACGAGUUCACGGUGCAGGGCUGCAAGCCGUGCGGCUGCAACGAGUCCGGCUCGUACGGCAACACGCCGCAGUGCGACCCCCAGACCGGCGUCUGUCUGUGCAAGCAGAACGUCGAGGGCAGGCAGUGUAGAGAGUGUAAACCCGGCUUCUUCAACCUGGACCUGAGCAACGAGUUCGGUUGUACGCCGUGUUUCUGCUUCGGGCACUCGUCGCAGUGUAGUUCGGCCCCCAAGUACCAGGCGCACGAGACCAGCGCGCACUUCAUACGGGACUCGGAGCGCUGGGCGGCCGAGGACGACCAGGAGCGCAGCGUGCAGCUGCAGUUCAAUGCUAACACACAGAACAUCGCGGUGGCAUCCCAAGGCAUGGAGACUCUCUACUUCCUGGCCUCGAGCCAGUUCCUGGGCGACCAGCGUCCGUCAUACAACCACGACUUGAAGUUCUCGCUCCGGCUCGGCGAGGUGCGAGGGUAUCCCUCAGCACAGGACAUCAUACUCGAAGGGCCCAGGGCCUCCGUCUCCAUCAACAUCUACGCUCAGAACAAUCCGGAACCCACUAACCAGGCACAAGAAUACAGCUUCAGACUGCACGAGGACCCGCGCUACGGCUGGACCCCGACUCUAUCUAACUUCGAGUUCAUGUCUCUGCUCCAAAACUUGACGGCCAUUAAAAUAAGGGGAACUUACAACAAGCCGGGCGAGGGUUACAUGAUGAACUUUAAGUUGGACACGGCCAAGAUCGGGCGGGAGAAGGGUUCGGCGCCCGCCAACUGGGUGGAGAAGUGUUCGUGCCCGAAGGCUUAUGUCGGGGAUUACUGCGAGGAGUGCGCGCCCGGGUUCAAGCACGAGCCAGCUAACGGAGGCCCCUACUCCACCUGCAUACCCUGCGACUGUAACGGACACGCGCACAUCUGUGACACGGCCACUGGUUUCUGUAUCUGCAAGCACAACACGACUGGCAGCAACUGCGAGCUUUGCGCGAAGGGUUUCUAUGGCAACGCCAUCGCUGGCACCGCGGACGACUGCAAGCCCUGCCCGUGCCCCAAGGACAGCGGCUGCAUCCAGCUCAUGGACGGGAACAUCGUCUGUACUGACUGCCCUGAGGGCUACGCUGGUCCAAAAUGCGAGGUAUGCGCCGACGGUUACUUCGGCGACCCGACAGGACAGUUCGGUCCGCCGAAGCAGUGCGAGCUGUGCCAGUGCAACGGCAAUGUGGACCCCAACGCCGUCGGCAACUGCAACAGGACAACCGGCGAAUGUCUCAAGUGUAUCUACAAUACCGCCGGCGAUCAUUGCGAUAAGUGUUUGAGUGGCUACUUCGGCGACGCACUGGACCCUAAGAAGAAGGGCGACUGCAAGCCGUGCCAGUGUCACGAGUCGGGCACCGUGGAGAGCGCGGAGGGCCCCCCGCAGUGCGACGGACUCACCGGGUUCUGUACCUGCCACCCUCAUGUCAUCGGCCGCAACUGUGACAAGUGCGAGGACGGCUACUUCAACAUAAACUCUGGCACGGGCUGCGAGCCGUGCGAGUGCAACCUGGAGGGCUCCUACAACAACACCUGUGACGCGUACAACGGACAGUGUUACUGCAAGCCUGGUAUCGACGGUAACCACUGCGACCGCUGCCGCGCGUACCACUACGGCUUCUCCGGCGAGGGCUGCCGCGACUGCGACUGCGACGAGUGGGGCUCCACCAACUACCAGUGCGACAUGUCCGGACAGUGCUCCUGCCAGGAGAACGUCGAGGGGAGGCGAUGUGAUCGAUGCAUGGAGAACAAGAAGCGUCGCGCCGACGGCCAGGGCUGCGAGGACUGCCCCGCGUGUUACAACCUGGUGCAAGACAGUGUCAACCAACACAGGAAGGAACUGAAGGAACUUGAUGAUAUAUUAGCGAAGAUCUCGAAGUCACCUACAGUGGUUGAGAACGCGGACUUCGACAAGGAGUUGCAGCAGGUGCGCGGCGAGAUCGAGCGUCUGGCGGAGGAGGCGGCGGCCGAGCUGGGCGGCGCGCCCGGCGCCAGCCUCACCGACAGCCUGGCAGACCUGGCCGACAGGCUGCUCGACGUCAGGAACAUGUUAUUCAAGAUCGAAGACGAGAGCUACGACGGUAACGAGGCGGUGGAGCGCAGCAAGGGCAACGUGUCCAAGGCGGAGGACACCAUAGAGGCCGCGCAGAAAGAGAUCAACAGCGCUUUAGAAUACCUGGACGGCGAAGGCGCAGCAGCGCUGUCGAAGGCUCGCAACAGGUCCGAUCAGUUCGGCAAGCAGUCUGUCGACAUGUCAGCGUUGGCCAAGGAGUCCAGACUACUCGCGGAGAAGCUGGAGAACGAGGCGCGGAACAUCCGGGACAUCGCCGACAAAGCCUUCAACACAUCCCUCACCGCUAACAAGAUCGCUAAGGAUGGGAUCACUAAGCAAGCCAAUAUCAGUAACGAAGUACAGAUCCUUACGAACGAGUUGAACGCGGCGUCAGGCAAGCUGAACAGUAUGUCGGAGUUGGCGGCGCAGGCUCUGCAGCGAGCGCGCGAUGUCUACGACGAGGCAUUGGGACUGUACGCUGAAGUUAACACUACUCUGCUACCAGAUAUCAAGCUAAAACAACUUAAAGAUGUCGCCAAAGAUAUGAAUAAGACGAUCGACGAGAAAUCCGCUGAACUGGAACACCUGAUGGCGGACAAUGAGAACACGUUGGAACAGCUAGAGGGCGCCAUCAAACAGGGCCGGAGUCUCCUCGAACAGGGCCACGACAGACAGGACGAGCUGAACGACCUGCUCGCCAAGCUGGACGAGCUGCAGGAACAGGCAAGGAACGAUGUCGAGCUCACCAACCAGACGCUGAAGGAUGCCAACGAGAUAUAUAAGACCUUGAAAGAGUUCAGCGACCAGGUGACAGAGUCUCGCCAGCUGGCUGAGCAGGCGGCCAUGGACGUGCCCGCUGUGCAGCACAAGAUAGCGCUGGCGGACGACAGCAUCAACAGCAUCACGGAACAGUUGUACACGGCCAGCGACAAGGCCAAGGAGGCGCGAGACCUCGCGCAACAAGCGCAGAAGGAGUUCGCCGAUAAAGCUUCAGAGGCGGCACACGAAGUCAGGAAGAAAUCAUCGACGUCGAGAGCCGAGGCUUCCAAACUGAGGUUCGAGGCUGAGAAACUGUCAACUCGCGUGCAGGAAACGGCACAACAGAUCGAGAAUCUCGAGAAGGAGGCAGCUGACAACAUGCAGCUUACACGAGACGCCAAAAUGAAGGUCGGUCAAGCAAACACCGAUGCGCUGGAAGCCGAUAAGCAGGUGACCAAGGGUCUCGAGGAUCUGAAAGUCAUCAUGGACGAGCUGCAGAACCUGCCCACCCUGGACGACCAGGCGCUCGACCGAUUACAGGAGAGCUUGGACAAGGCAGAGGCUGACCUCAUAGCGGUCGACCUGGACGGCAAGAUCAAGAGUCUGACCGAAGCCAAGAAUAACCAUCAGAGGUGGAUGAAACAGUACGAGGAUGAACACGACCACCUGCACCUUGAGGUGCAGAACAUCAAGGAGAUACUGAGCCAGCUGCCCGAGGGCUGCUUCAAGCGCAUCGUGCUGGAGCCCACCGAGGGGCCCAGCAGGAACUUCCGCUAACCACCUGCGACAACCCUCACCUACUAAUAUAACACACCUUUUGAAGUUUGGUGCCUUUAAUAUACAGCUACGUAACUCUCAACAAAAGUAGUUUUUUUAGAUGUCGUUUAAAAGCCAAAAAAUCUGUGCUUUAUUGAUUUAUUUGCUAGGUAACACUGAAUUGACUGUGUGAACUCUUUCUUUGUGACUUAUCAAGUGAUUUUUAACGUAUAGCAACAG